AUUAUUUCGUUUAUUUCUGACUUCUGUUUUCUUUGACGACGGGCGACAAUUUUACAAAAUGGCCACACUGGAUCAUCUGCUGGAAGAGCUCUUUGAGGCUUGCUCCGUCUUUGAUAAGUUUCCCGUCUCAUUCAACCGCACACUAAUCGAUGAGCUCGUUGAUUGCCUGGAUUUUGAAGAACCAACUCUCACAGUGAUUCGGAAAUUUGUGCGAAAUUUGGACUUCGAAGGCAAACUUGCUCCGAUUCGGAUGGUUAUUCGUUUGCUCGAUGCGGCGAUCAAGAAUAAUAAGUUCCGCAACGAGGAUGAUCUUCUGUUGGAGUUUAUUCAGAAAAGUGAAGCCAUUUUGUCUCGUCCCCGAAAUAGAUUGCUUCUCCAAGAUCUGUUUAAUUUCUACACAAAUCCAGUAGUUUUUGCAGUUCGAGAGCCAGAAUCAUGGCUAGUCGUCAUCCGCUGGGUUAUGAACGAGUUUGCCGACGAAUACCUAUCCUGUUUCCACAUCGAUUUGUUUGUCAAAUUCAUCUGCCAGAUACCGUCAGCUGCAGAAGCCCGCCGCCUUAAUAUCAUUUCUGAAGCAAUAAGCCCAGAUUUGGUUGGGUCAUUUUCGGCUAGAAUUAUCUACAACUAUGCACAGGACUUGACAAUCGACGAAUGCAACACUUUUGUGAACAAUUUUCGACUUUCUUCGUUGGGUUAUCGCUGGCCGGCAAUCAGAGUUCUUCUGAAAAUGAGAGAACUUCACCCAUCUUUGGUCAUUCCGCUGGCACCUGCCUCGUGGACGGAGGAGAAUAGAAGAGUCGACGUCAUCUGCAGGUUGCUCUUUCCAAUGGAUUUUGACACACUUAAAAUGAUGGAUGUUCAAUUGGAGAAUGUGGAGGCUCUAGUCGAUAGUGUCCUCGACUCGCCAGUCGAUAUUGAUUUGAAGGAGAAAAUGCUGGAUCACAUGAAUGAGCGACAGUUUGAGAAAUAUUUCGAUGAAUUGUUAUCAUUUGCAAAGAUUGAGAGCAAUGAUGUGAAUAUCCACGUGACAAGUGCUUUGAGAAGCUUGCCUCAACAUGCAACUCGUCAAAAAGUGGCCCAACUCUUCGAAGCACUCGGUGACAAAAUCCUCGAUCUUGCCUUGAUUCUGAACCUCUCACUUGCCUAUGGCUCAAAUGCAUUUGAUUUUCCCGAAUUCGAAAAGUUCAAGGAUCGUUACAGCAAACUUGUGUCAGAUGCGAUCAAAGCGCCAGUAGGGGAAUCGAAUGCGGAACGGAUUAUCACGGUACUGGAGUGCAUGAAGCUUUUCCCUUGCUUCUUACCAGUGAAAGCUUGAAAGAAGAAGAGACGGCGACGGAUAUUCCUUGGGUUUCUGACGGCUGUUUGUAGGCAGCUUCGGUUUCUUUCAUUUUCAAUGUUGACUGAAAUGAGUAAAUUUUAUAGUAAAAUUUAAAAAUUAGUAA